AUGGUCAGGAGGGGGGGGGCGGCUACGAUUAAGGGUCGAGGCGAGGUCGAGGAUCUGCACGUGUUGACCCGCUCUCCAUUCCUGAAUUCGCUGGUGGUACAAAACGGAAGAAGGACAAGAACCGACGAGAAAAUUCUUACUGUUUUCAUAGCCUUGCCGGAGAACAGCUUGUGCAGCGUGUUGUCGUUGAUAAUCGGAGGAAUCGGCCUCUUUGCUGUAGCGGCAUGUCUAGCCAUAAGACGAGCGAAUGGGAAGACAGGUACGGCGACGAGUUGUCGACGCGACACAGACAGACAGACGGACGGACGGACGGACGGACGACUAUCGUCGUCGUCGUCGACACAUGUUAAGCCAUCUGAUCGUCAUCGAUCCAGCAGCAGCAGCGGCAGCAACAGGCCGCAGCAGUCUCAAUUCUGCGACCCGAAGGCAAGAAGGCGGGCGGCGAAACGACCAGAUGCGGUGGCCGGCGGUGAUUGGUCACUGACCUUCGGUUCGCCCACCGACGACAAAGGUCACACCUCGCAAAUCGUCCGCGCCCAUUGUUCGUCGCCUGUUGAUAGGCCGCAGUGGCGGUGCCUCUUCCGAAGAGACACCAUGCUGGCGGCUCGGGUCCGCCUCGUCAACCGGUUUGUGCCAACCGUCGUGUGA